CAGCAGGAAGUAAACACUGUCGCCGACUCGUACUUAAUUGAACUAUUUAUAUUAGUAAAAACAACCUUAUUAUCGCAGAUCUAUUUAAACAUGAUAGUGCUCUUUUUGGAAACGUAAAUAAAACAAGUACUUUGCAGAUAGAUUGUAGAGGUAGCCUGUAACGUGGCAUUUGUUGGACUAUGCCCUGUCGUGUCAUCUCCAGCGUUACACUGCUGCUCUCUGUUAUAAUAUUGAUGGAUGUGGUUAAAGCUGAUGGAUUUACCGAAGAAAUUAAACCUCCAGACUGGAGAAAGACCUUAAAAUCCAUCCGGAACGGGAUUCACAGCAUAGACGCCUACCUUAACAUGGCUUUGGACCUGAUCGGAGGUUCAGACGGACGGUGUCACUUAAAAUGCAGCGACGGGUACACACCAGUUCCUCGUCCCAACUACAAAUCCGCUCCACCCAACGGAUGUGGCUCCCCACUGUUUGGAUUUCAGUUUGAUGUUGGGAUGCCAUCUUUGACCAGAUGCUGUAAUGAGCAUGAUCAAUGCUAUGACACCUGUGGGAGAAAGAAAAAAGACUGUGACGAGCAGUUCCAGGUCUGUCUGGAGAACAUUUGUAAGAAUUUACAAACGACACUGGGCUUGUCCCAAAGUGUUCAAGCCUGUGAAUCAGCAGUGACUUUGCUGUUUGAUACUGUCAUGCACUUGGGAUGUAAGCCUUACCUGGACAGCCAAAGAUCAUCCUGUAUUUGUCGCUAUGAGGAGAAGGCUGAUCUGUGAACACUUCAUAUGAGAUCUGCUGAUUGAUUGUUAUUGUCUCAGGGUGCAGCAGUAAAAUAUCUUAUGGGUUUUCUUUUUUUUUUUUAAAGUAUUUGUUCAUUGCA